UUUUCUUGAUGUUUUUCUUUUCAGUAAACUGAAGGGUUUGUCUGCAAAAAUCUCGUCAUGCGCUCCAAGAUUUUGCACAGUUUAUGCUGUUUCCAAAGGUAGACUGUUUUCUUCACGGCCAUCAGACAUAGAGAUUGAUGGAAGCUUAAUAGAUGACAGCAGUGAAACCAGUUGUUCAACCAAUAGCUCAUUGAACUCUGCAUCCACCUCUCAGAUAGACUAUGGCUCAGUCAGAUCAUAUGCUCCGACACAUUCCUCUUCCCUAGCGGCACAGAGAUAUCAAGCUCUUUCAACCAUUAAUCUGACCCGUCAGAGCGCAAAAUCUGGUUCAAUUGAAAAUAACCACUCUAGAAGCCAUUCUCUAGACCUUGGCAUAGAGCAAACUGCUAUAUAUUCUUCUUCCAAAAACUCAGAUAUUGACAAUGCUUUGAGCCGGGCCUCUAGCUGCAAAAGCAAUCUGUCAGAUGGUGAAUCUUGGAAUUAUUAUCAAAAUCCCACCAUGGAUGCACCACUGGCAACGGUGUCGCCUGAUAAGCAGGAAAAUUUUUACCUUGAGCUGGAAAAGUUGAGAAUUGAACUAAGGAAUGCCCAAGGAAUGCACGUGGUGGCUCAAAGUCAGAAUAUUUAUGCAUCACAAAUGCUGAACAAUCUCAGUAAGAAGAGAACAGGGGAAUCUAUGAAAUUGAAGGGAAUUAUUGCUAAGGAGAACAUGGCCAAAAAAUUAAUAAUAAAGGAGAGAGAGAAAUGUGAGGCAGCAGAAAGAGAAGCUGCUUAUUUGAAAAGAAGUGCUGAAGAGGAAGCCAUUGAAAGAAUAGAAGCAGAGAAAAAAGCUGUCGAAGCUGCCAAAAGGAAUGAAAAUCUAGAGGAUGCUCUCAGUGGUUCCACGCCUCAUUAUAAGAAGAUUGCAUGGGAUGAAAUAGUUUCAGCCACCUCAUCAUUUUCUGAAGAGCUUAGAAUUGGAAAGGGAGCUUGUGGAACAGUGUACAGGUGCCAUCUGUAUCAUACUUCUGUGGCGGUAAAAAUUCUCCACUCUAAUGAGGACCACAUUAUCAAGCAACUCCAGCAAGAGCUAGAAAUACUGAGCAGAAUUCGUCAUCCAAAUUUACUUCUCCUUCUUGGGGCAUGCCCUGAUCAUGGAUGCCUUGUGUAUGAAUACAUGGAGAAUGGUAGCUUAGAGGACAAUUUACUCGGAAAUAGAUGUAAUAUCUCGAUUCCAUGGUUCAAGAGGUACAAAAUUGCAUGGGAAAUAGCCUCUGUUCUUGCCUUUCUUCAUAGCUCGAAGCCCAAACCUAUCAUCCAUCGUGAUCUGAAACCUGCGAACAUCUUGCUAGAUGAAAAUCUUGUGAGCAAGAUUGGCGAUAUUGGCCUUUCUACAUUACUCCAUUCAGAUACUUUGUCUACAACAUUCAAGGACACAGACCCUGUUGGGACGCUCUCCUACAUAGAUCCUGAGUACCAAAGGACAGGGUCAAUAUCUCCCAAAUCUGAUGUUUAUGCUUUUGGAAUGGUGAUCCUCCAAUUGUUAACUGCAAAACCAGCUAGAGCACUGGCUCAUUUAGUAGAAACAGCAAUUGACAAGGGAAACUUAGCAGAAGUGUUGGAUCCCAAAGCAGGGAGUUGGCCACUUCAGGAGACUUUGGACUUAGCUCGAUUAGGCCUAAGCUGCGCAGAACUUCGGCGUAGAGACAGGCCUGAUUUGAAAGAUCAUGUACUCCCCAUGCUGGAGAGAUUAAAAGAAGUCGCUGAUAAGGCUCAGCAUUCUGCCACAAUUAUUACUGUUAAAUCGAGACCUCCUAAUCACUUUAUCUGCCCAAUACUUCAGGACGUGAUGGAUAAUCCUUGUGUUGCUGCUGAUGGUUAUACUUAUGAUUACAAAGCAAUUGUAACAUGGCUGCAAAGAAAUGACAAAUCACCAAUGACAAAUAUGCCAUUGCCUCAUAAGAAUCUGAUUCCGAAUUACACGCUUCUAUCUGCUAUUAUGGAGUGGAAAUCCAAAGAAAACUGAUACAAACGAACUUAAUUGUCAGUUUCAAUGUUGUUAUGUUGGAUAGUAGUGUCUAUAUAUGUGAAUAGAUUAUUUGUUACAGAACAUGUUUAGAUUAAUAGUUCAAUGGCAUUUUCAAUGUUUUUCAGUUAUUUUGCUUUCUAA